AUGAAUAAGAUGGAUUUGCUGACUGCUGGUCUGCCGAAUAAAUACCCACAGUGGAUGCUUACACAAAACCAAGAGGGAGAUCUGGGUGAUAAAAAGAAGCCUUCUGUUCAGAGGAGUGUUUUGGAAGAUGGGUUGCCCUUCCUGGAGUUCUCUGGCUCUGUUGUUUACAGCUAUGAAGCCAGUGACUGUUCCCUUAUCUCAGAAGAUAUCAGGCAGAGUUUAUCAGAUGGGGCUGCUGUUGGAUUUGAUAUCGAAUGGCCACCAUCAUAUAUUAAAGGAAAAAUGGCAAAAAUAGCUCUAAUCCAGAUCUGUGUAACUGAGGACAAGUGUUACUUGUUUCACAUAUCUUCAAUGUCAGGUUUUCCCAAGGGACUCAAAAGGCUGCUCGAAGAUGAAACAAUUAAAAAGGUUGGCGUAGGAAUUGAGGGAGAUCAAUGGAAGCUGAUGAGUGACUUUGAAAUCAAACUGAAGAGCUUUGUGGAGCUGGCUGACGUUGCUAAUGAGAAACUGAAGUGUAAGGAGAUAUGGAGUCUAAAUGGUCUGGUGAAACACCUUUUUGGCAAGCAGCUUUUGAAGGAUAAGUCCAUCCGUUGUAGUAACUGGGAAGAGUUUCCACUCAACGAGGCACAAAAAUUGUACGCAGCUACAGAUGCCUAUGCUGGCUUCAUCAUUUAUCAAAAACUGAAAAACAUGAAUAACAGUGACCGGAAAUCUUGUGUAAGAAGAGAUAACGUGUUGUCAGAGGGUGUGAAGAGGCGCUUGACUUCACUAGCUGAAGAGAUAAUGGACCUGGCUUCUCGCAUCCCUGACUCUUCUGGGCAACGUGAAAAUUUCCAGAGGGCUGCAGAAAUACUAGCUGAGUUAUCAGAGAAUGUAAAUGCUUUAAGAAGCAUGCUGGUUGGUUCAGGUUCCCCUUGUGCACUGGAGAUGAGCUGUGGCACAACUCCAACAAAUCUUGAAGCUGAGUCAGCAAACGUUGAAGCACAGAAUGUUGAAAUGCCUGAAUUUGCUAAACAACUCAAAGGUGACUUCAACAUCUGUUCUGAUGCUACACUAGCUGGCCUCUGGGACAGAGGUGGUAAUGAAGAGGAGGCAGAGAGAGGUAAUGCUGUGCAAGAUGGAGCUGCAGCAGCCAGCUCUGAGGACAACAACAGAGAUGACUUCAUGUCCCUAGACAUUACUAAGGAAGAACUUCAUAUCUUGGAACGUGAGGCUGCAAAAGAAUUGGUCAACAGAGAUGCGCCUGAGGAAGCAUGCUCCACAGGCAACGAACAAAAUAUUUCCUGUGUCAUUGAAAGUGAUGAAGAGCUGGAAAUGGAGAUGCUUAAAUCUUUAGAAGAUGUAGACAAUUCCAGAGGAGUUUUAUCUGAAAGAGAGUCCAGUAAAGCCAGAAAAACUCCAGAUGCUGAGUUGAACGUUGUGCCAGAUGAUCAAGAUGAAGGUGUUGAGGAAGAGGAGGAGGAAUAUUUGGAUCCGUUGUUGCCAGUACCAAGUGAAAGCCACAUCAUGUGUCUGAAGACUUAUUUUGGGCAUUCUUCCUUCAAACCGGUCCAGUGGAAAGUGAUCAAUUCUGUUUUAGAAGACAGAAGAGAUAAUCUUGUUGUCAUGGCGACUGGCUAUGGAAAAAGCUUGUGCUACCAGUUUCCUCCUGUUUACACUGGAUGUACAGGAAUUGUUAUCUGUCCUCUUAUCUCCUUGAUGGAGGACCAGGUGCUGCAGCUGACGAUGUCAGGGAUUCCAGCUUGCUUGCUUGGUUUGGCUCAGCCUGAAAACAUCAAAGAAAGCAUCAAAGCGGGUCAAUACAGAGUCAUAUAUAUGACUCCAGAGUUUUGUUCAGGGAACUUAGAGUUACUGCAGGAUCUUCACCAAACAAUUGGUAUUACCCUCAUAGCUGUUGAUGAAGCUCAUUGCAUUUCUGAGUGGGGCCAUGAUUUCAGAAGCUCCUUUAGAAGCUUAGGCUCGUUAAAAAAGGCUCUGCCAUUGGUUCCCAUUGUUGCUUUAACUGCAACUGCAAGUCCAUCCAUUAGAGAAGACAUAGUGAAUUGUCUGACCCUGAGGAAUCCCCAGGUCACGUGUACCAGUUUUGACAGACCUAACCUGUACUUAGAAGUUGGACGACGAAGUGGAAAUAUCCUUACAGAUUUGAAGCAGUUCCUUACUAGGAAAGGAAGCAGUUCUACGUAUGAAUUUGAAGGCCCCACUAUCAUCUACUGCCCGUCAAGAAAGGCCACUGAACAGGUUGUGUCUGAAUUGAGCAAACUCAAUGUGUCCUGUGGUGCAUACCACGCUGGUAUGGGAAUCAAACAAAGGAGGGAGACCCAUCAAAAGUUCAUGAGGGAUGAAAUUCAGUGUAUUGUAGCUACAGUGGCAUUUGGAAUGGGCAUCAACAAAGCAGAUAUCCGGAUGGUUAUUCAUUACGGUGCCCCUAAGGAGAUGGAAUCCUAUUACCAAGAGAUUGGGAGAGCUGGUCGUGAUGGGCUUUCUGCUUAUUGUCAUGUCUUGUGGACUGCAACAGACUUGACUUUUAACAGACACCUUCUAAGCGAGAUACGCAGUGAGAAGUUCCGGUUGUACAAACUGAAGAUGUUGUCAAAAAUAGAGAAGUACCUUGUGUCACAAAACUGCAGGAGGAAAAUCAUCCUGUCUCAUUUUGAAGACAAACAACUCCGGAAGGUUUCCUCUGGCAUCAUGGGCACAGAAGAAUGCUGUGAUAAUUGCAGGUCCAGAGCCUCUUGUGUAGUCCCAAGUGAUUCAGAUGGUGGUUUGCAGGACUUCGGGAAGCAAGCGUAUCAAUUGCUGUCUGCAAUCAGUGCCCUGGAAGAGAAGUUUGGAACUAGAAUUCCCAUUCUGUUCCUGCGAGGGUCUAAUUCCCAACGCUUGCCAAACAAAUACCGAAGACACCCUCUCUUUGGUAGUGGAAAAGACUUGCCGGAGAACUGGUGGAAAUCUCUCUGCCAACAGUUGAUACUGGAAGGAUUCCUCAGAGAAGUGUCGGGGUAUAACAAAUUUGCAACCACAUGUGCGCUUACCCAGAAGGGCAGAAAUUGGCUAAAAGCUGCGUCUGCCUCAAAUCCAAGCCUUCUGUUACAGUCCAGUGAAGACCUUAAUGUGCAGCAACCUCCUAGAAGCAGCAGACCUGCACCUGUGCUCUCCACGCAGCGCUCACCAGACAGUAAAGGAACAACACAGUCACCGGUCAAACAGAUGUCUCUGUAUGAUAUGUUUUCAUAUGAGAGAAAAGGUAAAACUCCUCCAAGAAGCAAUAACAUGCUUAGCAGUGUUGCAGGGCGCUCACCAGUGAAACCUUCUCCUCUGAAGCCCCCAGAACCUGAUGUUUCAUCCCAAGAAAAAGAAUUAGAGACUGCUCUGUAUGGCAAGUUGCUGACUGCUAGACAGAAGGUGGCUAAUGAGAAGGCAAUUCCUCCAGCUGUCUUGGCAACCAAUAAGAUCCUGUUGGAGAUGUCCCGAAUAAGGCCUACAACUGUUGAGAAUGUGAAGAAAAUUGAUGGUGUAUCUGAAGCAAAAUCCACUAUGUUGGUCCCUCUCCUGGCUGAAAUUAAGGACUUCUGCCAAGCAAAUGGUUUGCAGACUGACCCAUUCCCCACAUCUGGAUCUGAAGAUCAGAAAGAGGCAUCUCCCUGGAAGUGUACAAGAGCCCUCUCUCCUUCAGAGCAUGUCACAUAUGUUUUGUUCCAAGAGAAAAAUCUCUCUGUGAGGACUAUAAGUGAGAGCAGAUCUCUGCCUGUUUCUGAGGUGGGCACUCACCUGCUCCAGGCAAUGAAAGCUGGCUACCCUGUCAACCUGGAGCGAGCAGGUUUGACUCCUGAAGUUCAACAGAGUAUCACUGAUGUUAUCUGUAAUUUUCCUAUCGCCUCAGACACCUCCAAAAUUCAAGCUAUUAGAAAACUUGUUCCUGCAACUAUUGAACUGUAUCUCAUCAAGAUGACUAUUGCAUUAUUGGAGAAAAAGGAUAGAAAUAAGUCUCAGGAUGGCUCAAGCGUCAAAAGGAUGCUGGUGUGGUCAGAUGGGCAGCCAGAAAAAACAGAAGCAGAUCCAACAAGCAGGAAAGAUGCAUUGUGGAGUAAACCAAAG